UAAUGAGUGUAUUAUCUAUGUUUGGGGCUACGCAACUCUUUUACUAUUUGUGUUAAUUUCCUCUUAAAUUGUACAAAAUAUGUGCCUACUAAAGUUAAAUUUAGGACUAUUGUUACAAAAGUGAAGAAAAAACAAGAAUGAGCGGUCGUAACCCCCUCUACAGCAAAGGGUCGUCUCGAUCCACGCGUGAUGAUUCUAGGAAGUAUGAGAGGUACGGGGAACAUCGAGGUAGAAAGCGUUCGCGUUCAAGAUCCAGGUCACCAAGGAAACACUCUCCAAAGAGGAAUUACUCUGCAGAGAGUUCUUCGAGCGCCGGGGACAGAGAUCGGAAAGAACAUGAAAAAAGAAAUAUUCGCAAUUCGCCAGAACAAUGGGAAGAUGAUGAGGUACCAGCACCACCUCCACCGCCUCGUAUUACCAAAAUAUCUAUUGGCUUCAAUAAACCUAAAGCUCCCAUUAAGAUGAACCUAAAUGCUGCUUCUAAACCCGCUCCGAAACCGAGUGUGGCGUCCGUGUUUAAUACUGAUGAUGAUGAUGACGAACCUGAAGAGAUGCCGGCUGAAGCCAGAAUGAGAAUGAGGAAUAUAGGGAGAGAAACUCCAACAUCUGCUGGACCAAAUUCAUUUGGCAAAACAAAGCAAGGCUUCUGCGACGCUAAGAAAGUAUUUGAGAAGAACCUCAAAGAAGCACUGGAGACAGUGGACAAGCCAGCAUUGACCAAUCUCCCACAAACUAUUUACAAAAUCAAGGGGCCUUGAUAUUUGUAUAAUUUUAGCCUACAUUUUAUAUGUUAAUUAGAAAUAUUUCAGUCAGAACUCUCAAUUUAAAACAUUAAAUCACACUGCAUAUUGACCUAAUAUAUAAUAAUUUGGAAUAAUAAAUAAUUUAGAUUUCUAAAAUCGAAACAAAUUAUGGAUACUUUCAGAAAUAAGUAGUUUUCAAAUAUUGAUAGUAAACUGUCCGAUUUUAGAGAAAAUGAUCCAUAUUGUACAUAUAUUGUGCAAAGACAUUGAGGUGAGGAUAUCACUAAGAAUAUUUUUCAUUACAAACAAUUCUUCCUUAAUCUUUAAGGGAUGAUAAUGCUUGCUAAUGGUAUCUCACAACAAAGUUUCAAUUGCAUCCAUCAAGAAAUUCUAUAGUAUCAAUUUUUUUUCAUUCAGUGUUACCAGUUCAAUGCCAUUAAUUUUACUUCGCCAUGUUACUAUAUUAAUAAACAUAUUUCAAUUUAGUAGUAUAUUGACAACUAAUCCACUGUACACAUGGUGGCAUUUGGAUCUAACUGCAUAACCGACUAGGAAAUUAUUCAAACGUAUUACAAUAUUGUAAAUGUGAUAAGAACUAGGCGAUAGAUAAAAUUCCUUAUUGAGUGUUGUAACUGAAAUACUAUAUAGAAUUUAUAGAUUAUAUCUUUAUAAUUAAGAUUUCAAAAUAUUUUGCUUCUCGAUGUGUAGUUACGGUUUUAAAGAUGUUUUAAUAAAUAUAAAAUACAAGAAAAUUAGUGCAAAUAUACAAUCCUCAUCUGUUGCCACAAAUACAUCUUUUACUACUCAUUCUCAUGCUUACAGUAGAACUUCCAGAUACUAGUUACGACCUUUAUACUCAAGUCAACUGGAACACCUUGUUUCUAAAUAAAACAAUAUUCUCAAUAAGUUAUAAUUAGAACAAUUGAAUGAUAUGUACUUAAUAAAUAACAUAAAUUAACAACUAUAAUUUAAAAAAAUAUAGACUAACUGAAACGUAAAGGAUUUCUCAAUUAAAUCAAGAAUAUAUGCACCAGAAACAGCCCUGCUUAUGCUGGAUUUAGGGAUAAAAGUUCCAAUUUGCUAUAAAUGCUAUAAUUACUGAUAUUAAGGUGGUAUUGUUAGCUCGAACGUGUAAGUACCACCAGCCUACCGCUUUCUACCGUGACGCAGUCGGUACCGUCUGGCGUCGAAGCCAUACAGCAAUUGAGGCCUAUAAAAUCAAAGGCAGCUAAAUCCAAGUCUGUCAAAUUCACGUAAACUACAAAAAUCGGCCCUA